UCAAUUCAUAAAAAAAAGAUCCAGUUAAAUACAUAUAAAAUUCUUCCAGUUCCACUGAAGUGCAAAUGUCAAAUUUCAUUAAACCUAGUGAUCUGUGCAUAUGAAUAGUGUAGUUUUUGACAUGCAUCGGUCGGGCUUUACAAUCGGGGUGCUUGCAACCCUGGUUGUUCUCGCAUCCGGAAAUCCAAUAGAAUUCGAAAAGUUAUCUAUAAACGCAGUGAACCUUCGUGAUAAUAAAAUUUACAGAUUGGCCGACAAUGUUAUACCAACCAAUUACACCUUGAAACUCGUACCAUACAUAUCCGACCAAAGUUUCGUUUUUACUGGCGAGGUCGAGAUUGACUUCAUAGUAACCAGUUUAACAAACACUAUAAUUCUGCAUGCACUUGACAUCACAAUAAACGAGAAUAAAACUGCAUUACAUUCAAAGAAUGUAAGCAGCAGUUUAUCAAUUCACGCUCAAAGUUAUGAUCCCAUCAGAGAAUUUUUCCUUAUCACUUUCAAAAGUAAUCUUCCUCCGGGAAACUAUAGUCUUCACUUGUCAUACACUGGACACUUAGGAGAUGACAUGUUCGGAUUUUAUAGAAGCUACUAUGACGUCGGUACCGAGAGAAGAUGGCUCGCCUCUACGCAGUUUCAGCCAACCUAUGCGAGAAGAGCGUUUCCGUGCUUUGACGAACCCCGCUUUAAAACACCAUUCGAUAUCUCAAUAGCUCAUUUCGCGAAUCAAACUGCAUCUUCUAACAUGCCUGGUGACGUUAAUACCACUGUCGAUAAUACGAUUGGUGGCAGAAUCUGGACCACCUUCCAGCAGACUCCUCCAAUCUCAACUUAUUUAUUGGCAUUCGUUGUCUCCGACUUCACAAGCACUACUAACGUAAAUUCAAACUUCAGCAUAUGGUCAAGAAGUGCUGCUGCUAGCGCUCGAAAUUUUUCUUUCGUUUACGGCGAAAAGCAAUAUUUGGCUCUUCAAGAUUACUUGGGUGUUUCUGAUCCUAUUCCUAAGAUUGAUCAAUUCGCCAUUCCGGAUUUCAGUGCUGGUGCUAUGGAGAACUGGGGUAUAAUUACUUACAGGGAAAGAUUGCUACUUUGGUACGAUGGCGUAUCCACACCUCGUGAUCAGGAAAAUGUAGCUACAGUCAUGUCGCAUGAGUUCGGUCACAACUGGUUCGGUAACCUAGUAAGUCCCGAAUGGUGGGACUAUCUAUGGAUGAACGAAGGUUUUGCUAGCUAUUUUGAAUAUUUCGCAACCUCUUUGGUCCACACCGAUUGGCGUUUGAUGGAAAGAUUCGUUGUUUAUGCUCUACAACCAGUUCUAGUAUUGGAUUCGUUGGAAUCCUCUAGGCCCAUGACUAAUUCAGUUGGUAGUUCAGCUUCCGUCCUUGGCAGUUUCGACAGGAUUGCCUACAGCAAAGCUGCCUCCGUUCUUCGUAUGUUGAACCAUAUUAUGUCGGAACCUCUUUUCAAUCAAGCUCUGACCAACUACCUUAAUGAGAGGGCCCUGAAUGUAACAACACCAAAAGAUCUAUGGCGUCACAUGCAAGCUGUUUCCGAGACAAAUAGUCAUGUGCAGGCUCAUACAAAUAUGGAAGAUAUUUUCAACACCUGGGUUAAUCAACCAGGAUAUCCGGUUCUGAAUGUGGGAAGAAAUUAUUCCACAACCGUAGUGGUACUCACGCAAGAACGCUUUUUCCUUAAUCCACGAUCUCCAACUGCUGAUCCAGAUGCUCAAAGAUGGUGGAUACCUAUUAACUUCGCUACACCGAACAGUCUAUGGCGAUUCGACGUAACCAAUUCCAGUGAUUGGUUUCGUCCUCAAGAUGGGUCUCUCAUUAUUUCUGGUUUUGGACCAACCAAUUGGGUCAUCUUCAAUACUCAACAAAGUGGAUACUUCCGUGUUAAUUAUGAUCCUAUCAAUUGGUAUAUGAUCAUUGACCAAUUGAAGGGUGAAAAUUACACCGUAAUUCCUCCAGUAAAUCGUGCUUCUCUCAUCGACGAUUCAUUGAACUUUGCUCGUGCUGGAUACAUUAAUUACAGUCUUGCUCUCGAUCUGACUACAUACUUGGAGCAUGAAGACGAUUACGUACCUUGGUACGCUGCUUGGACUAACUUUGGUCAUCUUAACAGAAUGCUUGCUCGAAAUAAAAAUUACGCAUUAUGGGAAGCUUACGUCAGAAAGCUCAUUGAACCCAGUUAUAAUAAUUUGACGUGGACCGUUUCAUCUGAUGAUGAUCACGUCACGCGAUUACAGCGUGGACAGGUACUCAAUUGGGCUUGCAAUUUCGGAGUUCAAGGUUGCCGCGAGGAAGCUAUUACUAGAUUCAACAACUGGAUCAGUAAUUCUACAAAUACAAUCCAUCCUGAUGUAAAAUCAGUGGCUUAUUGUUGGGGAAUCAAUAAUGCCGACCAAGCGACUUGGGAUAUUGUUUGGAAUCGAUUUUUGGAAAAUGAUAUUUCCACCGAGGAAGUGCUUCUUCUUAGCUCCUUGGGUUGCAGCGAAGAUCCAGCUAUUCUUCAGAAGUACCUAGAGCUGUCUAUCACUCCGGAUUCUGGAAUUCGGUCUCAGGACAGUGCUUCGGUUUUCAAUUCCGUACUCAACGGUCCCAACAGUAAUUUGGAAGUUGCUCUCAAUUUCAUUGCAACUAAUUUUACCGCAAUUUCCGAAUUUUACGGUGGACUGAACUCCGUCGCCAAUAUGCUUACCGCGAUUGGCAAUAGAAUUACCACUGAGGAUCAACUGAUACAGUUGAAAAUAUUCACGACUGCGAACAAUUUUGGUGCAGCCCAAGCAUCUGUUGCUAGUACCAUCCAGCUUGCUGAAUCAAACAUGGAAUGGCUAUCAGACAAUGCUGAUAGUAUUUUCAGUUGGCUUGAAGACCAGAAUUUGCCAAUACCGAGUUUGCCAAUACCUCCUGUAGAAAGCGAUGCAUCACCGUCGUUCUACAUAUCUAGUAUGCUGAUAACGCUUAUGAUCAGUUUAACAAUGAUCACAAAUAAUUUUAUGAUGGGCCGCACCGGACUUCUUCUCGUCGCUCUGUUGUUAGGUGUUGUAAACGGAACGCCUAUUAACGUUAAAAGUGCUAGAACCAGCUCGAAGGGAAUAAGUGCAAAGGAAACGGCACAAGCUGAUAAUGAUUAUCGUUUACCAAAUAAUACAAUACCGAUAUCAUAUGAAGUUAAAUUAGUACCAUACCUAGAAGAAAAUAUAUUCACGUUCACCGGAAGCGUCAGCAUUUCGGUUUCCGUUGUGGAUGAAACAGACUCUAUUGUUCUACAUGCUGACUCGUUGAAUAUUAUCAGUACCAGUGUUGUUAAUUCGAAUGGCUCUGUUCUUAAUGUCAAUAGUACAACUUUCAAUAAGAAUUUAAACUUUUUCAUAAUUUCCUUCAAGUCCACAUUGACUGUCGGCAAUUACGUUAUCAGGAUGAUGUUCGAUGGUAAACUCAACGAUGAGAUGUAUGGUUUCUAUAGGAGCUACUACUAUACGGAUACUGGAAAGAAAAGAUGGCUAGCUACUACGCAAUUCGAACCUGUUUACGCACGUUCAGCGUUUCCAUGUUUCGACGAGCCUGCCCUCAAAGCAUACUUUUCGAUUAGUAUUGCUCACCACGCCAAUCAAAGUGCAGUGUCGAACAUGCCAAAUAUAGAGAUCUCGGAACCAGACUCAACCAUAGGCAAUCGUGUCUGGAGCACUUUUCGAACGACACCCUUGAUGUCCACUUAUCUUUUAGCUUUCGUUGUAUCCGAUUUUCAGCAUAUUUCCACAGCUAAUGAUACCUUCAGAGUUUGGUCGCGCUCUAAUGCAUUGAAUAUAGCCAAUUACUCUUUGGAAGUUGGUCUACAGGAAUUAAAUAGUUUGUCUGCGUUUACCGGGUACAACUAUAACAGAGCACUUCCAAAAAUGGACGAAUUUGCCAUUCCGGAUUUUUCUGCCGGCGCUAUGGAAAAUUGGGGUCUGGUCACUUACAGGGAACGUCUACUGCUGUGGAAAUCUGGUGUAUCCACCAGCAGAAAUAAACAGAGUAUAGCUAGUGUAGUGUCACACGAGUUUGCCCACCAAUGGUUUGGAAAUUUGGUUGGUCCUCUAUGGUGGAAAUACCUGUGGUUGAACGAAGGAUUUGCAACCUACUUCGAAUACUAUACAACAUCUUCGGUGGAGACUUCUUGGUGCCUCAUGGAUCAGUUUACAUUGGAGAAUUACCAUACCGCUUUUCUUAUAGACAGUUUGGAUACCUCUCAUCCAAUAAAUCAAGACGUCAACUCUCCUAGUGAAAUUAAUUCUAUCUUCGACACGAUUUCUUAUCAGAAAGGUGGUUCUAUAAUACGUAUGAUGUCACACUUUUUUGGUGAAACUAUGUUCCGGAAAGGAUUGCAAACUUAUAUAGCAAAUAUGGCUUUCGGUGCAGCUACGCCUGACGAUCUUUGGUAUGCUUUGGAAUUAGUAACAAACACUUCAGCGGCAGGUCUUUUACCUGCCCAUGUCUCAAGAAUUAUGGAUACAUGGACCGAACGAAAGGGAUACCCCCUGGUUACGAUAUUAAGAAAUUAUUCGACGGGAGUUCACAAAAUUUCUCAGGAACGUUUUCUUCUGAAAGGUCGUGGUUCAUCCAACGAUACUACGAGAUACAAAUGGUGGGUGCCAAUGAAUUCAGUGUCAAGAAGCACCCUCAACUUUUUACACACUUAUGCAAGCUUUUGGCUUUCCGAUUUCGUCGAUGAUAGUUAUCUGCUAAGCGAAUUUCUGCCAACUGAUUGGGUAAUUUAUAACAUACAGCAAACAGGUUAUUAUCGUGUGAACUACGAUGACACAAACUGGCAGUUGAUUACGGAUUAUCUUCGGACAGCCGAUUAUCAGAAGAUUCAUGUAUUAAAUCGCGCACAACUUAUAGACGACGCAUUGAAUUUGGCGAGGUCUGGUUAUCUUAAAUAUGAUAUCGCUCUUAACUUGACUACAUACUUAUCACAGGAAGUGGAUUAUGUCCCAUGGACAGCAGCCUUUACGAACUUUGGAUAUCUUAAAAAAAUGUUGAGCCAUUCAACGGGUUAUGAAUUCUUUAAGUCUUACAUCUCGAGUCUAGUUACUCCUUUGCAUAAAAAAUUGAGCUACGAAGAAUCAAAUUCGGAUGAUCAUCUAACAAAGUUGAAUCGACUCAAUAUACUUUCCUGGUCCUGCCAAAUGGGCAGUGCGGAAUGCGUUAACAAAGCUGAAAAUAUUUUGCUCGACUACUACAGCAGUCCAGAUCCUGAUAAUUAUCUCGUGCCCCCUGAUCUAAAGGCUUGGGUUUAUUGCGAAGGUCUAAGAAACCUGAAUUCGUCUGUCUGGAAAUUCCUGUUGGACCGAUAUUAUGCAACUGAUUUAUCUACCGAGCAAACUCUGAUUCUUUCCAGCUUGGGAUGCAGUCUGAACGAACAAAUUAUUACCGACUAUCUUUUACUCUCUAUACGUGAGGAUUCCGGAAUUAGGUCUCAAGACACAUACUACAUAUUCACUUCCGUUACGUCCGGAAGUAUGUCAAAUGUCGAUAUCGCCUUCGACUUCCUCUCCAACCAUUACACAGCUAUAUCGAACUUUUACGGCGGACAGAGCAAUAUUGGCAACAUGUUGAACAAUCUUGGGCAAAGAAUGGUCAGCAACGAGCAAGUCACUAAGCUUAAGGCCUUUGUUGCACAACACAGCAAUGACCUUGGCACUGCUGCUGCAGCAGCUGAACGGGCUAUUGAGCUUGCGGAGGAAAAUAUCGCUUGGCUUAACAAUUAUGAAACCGAUAUUGUAUCAUGGCUGACCAUUAGGAAUCCAAGUAGCAGCGCCACCAAGUUUACGCUUAGCAUUGCGGUCGCUGUUUUCAGUCUUAUAGUAUUUAGAAUAUUGUAAAUUAAGAGUAAAUAUAUACUCCAAAUAACA